ACUCUGUUUACUGACGAAUCCGAAAAGACGAAGGUCCCAUCAUGUCUGCCAUACCCCUUGUUUACUUCAAAUGUCAGACUCAGCUGAUCCGUUCAGGCACAUCUACUGGAUGAGAUGGCCACGCUUCUUCUCGUCACAUUGUAUGAAUACUCUCCACUCUUCUACAUCGCUGUGGUUUCUCUGUGUUUUCUCGUAACCGCUGCUAUCGUGCUGGGUUGGUUUGGCUUUGAUGUCCCAGUGUUUCUUCUGAGUCAUGAGGAUUCAGAGUCCACAGUGUCGACUCCUGAGAAACUAAUGGUUCAGGAGACCAAUCCGUUUUCUCUUGCACUGGGAUCCGGGUCAGCAUGUGUCAGUGAUGGUGUAUCACUGAAACCUUGCUGCUUGGAGCCUUGUGUGCUGAGCUGUUUCUGGGGCUGUGAAGUCGGCGCUCUGCAGGAGGUGCUGCGAACCCAUCAACAAAACCUGAGGCUUACAAGUCCUCAACACUUCCUUGAAGCACUGCACCAUCGCUUCCACUACCAUCAAACUUUCUAUAUCCGCAGAGAGGACGAAAAGGAAUGUCACACCUGCAUCCCUGCUGACCAGAGGAUUACAGAUUUUGGGCUGUUGCCAAGGAAACACUAUCCUCUUGUGGCUGUCCUGACUCUGGCAGAAACUGAAGCCAGAAAUCUAUACAAUAUUGUGGCAAAUGUAAUCGUUAUUCAUGUUCCUGAUGGGAAAUACAAUCUUUCUGCACGAAUUCUCUUCCAGUAUCUUCUUACCUCACAAGGAUACAUGCAUGAAUUAAAACCACUCUUCAUGUCGGCGGAAGGUUCUGGGGAGCCGGCUGGAGAACAGAUGGAGAGAAGUCCUGACCGAAGGGAGAGCGACUGGUCAGAGGAAACGGGUAGAAACUGUGUGGUAUGUCAGAAUGCAGCAGUCAACAGGGUGCUGUUGCCAUGCCGACACGCCUGCGUCUGUGACAGUUGCAUGUUGCACUUUCAACAUUGUCCAAUUUGCAGAGCUUUUGUCCUGGAGUCGUUUGCACUUAGACCAACAUUACAAAUAUAAUAUAAUUUGUGUCAUAUAGAUGGUCCUGUACUUACACAAAAACACACUGCGAUCUUUCAACUUAGCCUUUAUUUCCACUUGUAUUAACACCUUCUACUAAUCUGGUUUCAUAGAACUGAUGUCAAGAUGUCAAAUAUUAUCCAAGUUUUUUUUGUUUGUUGGUUUGUUUGUUUUUAUGACUUUCAGAAAAUGAAACUCGUGUAUUAUUUAAUUUUAUUACUGAUAUGUAGAAUGAAAUAUAUUAAGCCCUGUGUAAAUAAAUGCUCAUUACUGAAUUAUUUGAUUCAGGCUUGUUAAAUUAGAGACAACUACAAAAAUGAAGGACGUUAGUCUAAAUACACUGAAAAGAAACUAUUCAAAAUAAACUACAGCUAAAGGAUCUGUAAUACAGGCAGAUGUCAAGAAAAGCGGUUCUCUGAUAAACUGGUUUACAGACAACCUAACAGUCAAACACAAGAUAUUGAGAGGGUAUAAUAAUAGAGGAAAAAGGACAAUUUCCACAUAAUUAGUCCUUUAAAUAAGUAAAAUGGAAGUGCUCUCCAAAAGCUCCACUCGCUUGCAAUUUAUUUAACAAUAAAGUGAGUGAGCAUCUAGUUUCAGAACACCGAGCAUCAUCUAACAGCAGAUAUCAGAAUCCAUGAGCCACAUGCAGCAAAAUGUUCAGCUGCCAGAGCAAACAAGAGGAGAAAUGUAUAUUUAAACUGCUUAUAGCAGAUAACAAAACGGUCAGUAUUUUAGCCUUUGGAUUAUCAUAAAGAAAUUCUGCCAAUAAAUAUAUUACCUUUAUGAAAUGUUACUAUUACAGAAAAAAAUUACAGUCGUUCUGAUUGACUGAAUGCUCUUUUCCUCAACACAAUCACCAGAUCUUUCAAAAUUUGAUUUAGAUUCUAGGAAAUAUUUGGGAGCCUCCACUGGGACAUGAGGGGGAAUAUUUUUAUUUGUGUUCCCUCACAAUAAAUUUGCAAAUACACCCUGGUCCAUUUUGUAUAGCGUCACAUUGAUGCAGUGUAACGAGGGGAAGCCCAUGUUUGACUUGUUUUGCUUCUGCAUUCUGCGCCUGAGUUUGCAGAGCAUUUAGCUGAAAGAAAAAGAUAUACAACUUUAGAUUACUCACAAAUGAGAUAUUAACAUUUCUUACAUGAAAGCAUUCAAGAUGCUGCAUGAACUAACUACUAAAUAUAUUAUUGCGUGGGAAUGCAGUACUUUUGUGAGGAAACGCAAAAGAAAAAAAUUCCCAAUGUGCCUGUAAAAUAAUAUGCCUAAAAUUACAGAUAAAAAUUUGACCUGGAAUAAAAAACAACUGGUUUUAUUCCAGGUUAGUUUUUGGUCAAUAAAUGUCUUAAGCUUAUUAGACAGAAAUGUUGACAGUAUUUUCUGAUAAACUUUUUAUCCCUCAGCUUCUUCUGGGUCUUUUCUUUAUUUUACAAUAUAUAUGACAGAAAGAUGAACUGUUUCAGGAAGAUAACCUUCUGUACAAGUCUAGAACCCUACCCUAACCCAAGAAAGUUCCUGAAUAUUUUUGAGAAGACUAACCAGGCCAGGAACCUUAAAUACCUUUAAUAUGUUGCUUAUCAUUUAGCUUUUGUUGUGUAAUGUCUUUAUUCAGAAAUGUAGAGGAUUCUUGUGGAAGGAAGUAAUAAUUAGUUUUUGCAACUCACAAGCUCCUGUAUUAAUUUUUGAAGAAUAAAGAUCUUUAUAAAAGUUUC